AUGGCUUGCGCAGCUGAGCUGAAGCGUUUGCUUGUCGCUUACUGCGAAAAUCAUCCGAAAGCUGUUGAAGUGCUAAACGAGAAAAUGGAUGCUGUGCGUAAUGUACUUGUGGCUAAAGGAAAAGAUAUGCCCAGUCUCAUUGCUGGACUCAGUGAACCUUUCCGACAUUUGGACAAAUAUCCUGCUGUUUUACAGGAGUUAGAGAGGAGUAUGCCUGAGGGACAUGUCGACCGUGGUGAUGUACAACGCUCUUGUGCUGUUUUUAAAGAAAUGAAGUUACUGUGUGAAGCUGUCCGUAAGCAGAAAGAGCUACAACUAGAACUUUUGUACACUGGCCAAGUCGAAGGGUGGGCUUCAUUUGAGCAGCGGGGCCGCAUUCUUUACGUUGCUGUAGCACCCGUGGUCUACGAUGGAGCUUGCGAUGAUAGGUGA